UAACCUAAAUAAUGUUUUCUGUUAAAACUUUUACAAUAGUGUCUAAAGAACAAAGGCGUCUAAUUCAUAACAUGAUUUAACUCAAAGGUUUCACAAAUCAUAUGAGAAUAGCACUCGUAACUAGAUUACUUGCCGACAUAAAUUAAAUCUUAUUGAAAUUUUCUUUUAUAUAUUUAUUUUACUUAGUCGUAUCAUUCUUACAGAUAUUAAGUCAUUUAUAUUUAAAGAAUUAACUUCAUAAAGUGUGAUUGUGUUGAACAUCACAUGAGCUUUACCUAUAUACAUACCCGUUACUGCAUAACAUCAAACCAUAUCAUUAUACACAAUCGUAGGAUCUCUCCCUCUCUCUUGCUCUCUCCAUAUUCUGAGAUUGCUAUAUAUAUAGGUAUUUCUUUUGCAGACUUCCUAUGAAGCAAACAAAUGCUCAUAUGGAGAGGCAAAUUAUGAACAAGAGAAAACGAGUUUUUUCUGUCCAAGAAAAGAAGAACCCGAAGGCAGUCUUUGCGAAAAGAUACGUGAGUCACUUGGUUCCAGCUCUCAAGAAGAUCAACAUGAACAAACCCUCUUCGCAAAUCAACAGCAAAAGUUUCGAGCAAACCGUGAAACAUGAAGUAGACAUGGCUUUGGCUUUGUCUGCUCAAGAAUUCGCGUGGAGCCGUUUCUUGCAACACAAGCUAUUAUCUUCCCCUCAUGAAGAUCCUAGUUACUCUUCCAAGAUUCUAGAAACAUCUAGCUGUAAACAAGACGGCAAAGAAGGAGCAGAGAUAAAGAAGAAACUGAAGGAAUUGCAAAAGCUUGUGCCAGGAGGAGAAGAGAUGAAUAUGGAGGAGAUAUUGAGUGAGGUCGGAAGCUACAUUGUAUGUCUUGAGUUGCAGAUGAUUGUUCUAAAAUCACUUGUUCAAGAUAACAUUUCUUGAUUAUUAUAUAAUUAAAUGUUUCAUAUGCA